AUGGUCCUGCAGGCCGGUCCUCCAGGCGGGUGCGCGGAUCACAGAUGGUCCUCCAACGCAGGCGGGGUGAGCCGAGCGAGGCUGAGGCUGGGCCUGAGCGAGAGACUGGAGCUGGAGAUCCACCGGCGGGUGCACACGGGAGAACGACCCUUCACCUGCUCCAACUGCGGCAAAGGCUUCAAGUCGUCGCCGGACCUGAAGAGGCAUAGGCGCGUGCACACCGGGGAGCGGCCCUACACCUGCAGCGACUGCGGCAAGGGCUUCCUCCUCUCCAGCUACCUGGUGUCCCACCAGCGCACCCACACCGGGGAGCGUCCGUACACCUGCGCCCAGUGCGGCAAGGGCUUCACCCAUUCCAGUCACCUGCUGUCCCAUCAGCGCACCCACACCGGGGAGCGGCCCUACACCUGCAGCGACUGCGGCAAGGGCUUCACCAAGUCCCACAGCCUGCUGGUGCACCAGCGCACCCACACCAGCGAGUGCCCCUACACCUGCGCCCUGUGCGGCAAGGGCUUCACCCAGUCCAGCAACCUGCUGUCCCACCAGCGCACCCACACCGGCGAGCGCCCCUACACCUGCGCCCAGUGCGGCAAGGACUUCACCAGCUCCAGUACCCUGCUGGUGCACCAGCGCAACCACACCGGCGAGCGCCCCUACACCUGCGCACAGUGCGGUAAGGGCUUCUCCCGCUCCAGCAACCUGCUGUCCCACCAGCGCACGCACACCAGUGAGCGCCCAUACACCUGCGCCCAGUGCGGCACGGGCUUCACCCGCUCCAGCACCCUGCUGGAGCACCAGCGCACCCACACCGGUGAGCGCCCCUACACCUGCGCCCAGUGUGGCAAGCGCUUCACCAGGUCCAGUCACCUGCUGGGGCACCAGCGCACCCACACCGGCGAGCGCCCCUUCACCUGCACCCAGUGCGGCAAGGGCUUCGCUCGGUCCAGCAACCUGCUGUCCCACCAGCGCACCCACACCGGCGAGCGUCCCUACACCUGCACCCAGUGUGGCAAGGGCUUCACCAGCUCCAGCACCCUGCUCACCCUGCUGGUGCACCAGCGCACCCACACCGGGGAGCGGCCCUACACUUGCACCCAGUGCGGCAAGCGCUUCACCCGGUCCAGUCACCUGCUGUCCCACCAGCGCACCCACACCAGCGAUCGCCCCUUCACCUGCACCCAGUGAGGCAACGGCUUCACCUGCUCCGGCAUCCUGCUGGAUCACCAGUGCACCCACACUGGCGAGCGUCCCUACACCUGCACCCAGUGCGGCAAGGGCUUCACUCGCUCCUCCAAGCUGCUGUCCCACCAGCGGGUGCAC